AUGGUGACAUUGUUCACUUUGGGGAUUGAAUCAACUUCGUUUGUUGAGAGUGAAAAUGCAUGCAUUAAACACCUUCUUGAAAGCAGUAAUACGUCUCUUUGUGAUCUUGGAAAAGUUCUUAUGAAUCAUGUUGAAGAUAAAGCAAGUAAGAAACAAUAUGAAGAAUUAAUUAGCAUUAGUGUUCCUUUGACUAUGAAUCGUGUAACAAUUUUUCUAGCAAUAGAAUCAGUUGUUACACAUUAUCUGCAUCUGAAAGUUGCACAGUAUAUAAUCGGUCAAAUGAAGAAAUGUGUAUAUUACAUAGCAUGCCCAUCUAAUAUCGAAGAAAUUGAACAUAUGUCUACAGAUGAACCGUCUGAAAGUGAAAGGUUUGAAGAUAAACCAGAUAGUGUUCUUGCAUGUGCACGAUUUCUUUUGCAUCAAUUGCACUAUUAUAGUAUUGUAGAAGUUUGGAAGAUUUCUCGAAUUACUGGACGCAAUGUAAAUCAUGUGAUUUUUUGUCUUGCAGAUGGAUCUUAUUGUUGUACCUGCUUAUUGCAACAAAAACUUGGGCUCGUUUGUCGGUAUUAUUUUCAUCUUCUAAACAUUAUGGAGGCAGCACGGUUUAGUAUAAAGUUAAUCAAUAUUCGCUAG